AUAUACCCUGAACUCUACAGUUUAUGAUAUUCAGGAAAUUUCUGAAUUUUCUGAAACCUUACAAAAUGCGAACGGAUCCGAUUAUUUUCGUGAUUGGGUGCACUGGAACCGGGAAAAGUGAUCUUGGAGUGGCAAUUGCAAAGAAAUAUGGAGGAGAGGUGAUUAGUGUAGAUUCAAUGCAAUUUUAUAAAGGACUUGACAUUGCCACGAAUAAGAUAACGGAAGAAGAAUCUGAAGGGAUUCAACAUCAUAUGAUGUCAUUUUUGAAUCCAUCUGAAUCAUCAUCUUAUAAUGUACAUAGUUUCCGAGAAGUCACGUUGGAUCUUAUUAAAAAAAUCCGCGCCCGUUCAAAAAUUCCUGUAAUUGUCGGAGGAACCACUUAUUAUGCUGAAAGUGUCCUUUAUGAGAAUAAUCUGAUUGAAACCAACACUUCAGAUGACGUGGAUUCCAAAUCGAGAACAUCAUCAGAAUCGUCAUCUGAAGACACUGAAGAAGGAAUUAGUAAUCAAGAAUUAUGGGAUGAAUUGAAAAAAAUCGACGAAAAAUCAGCACUUCUUCUACAUCCAAAUAAUCGUUAUCGAGUACAGAGAGCAUUGCAAAUUUUCAGAGAAACUGGAAUCCGAAAAAGUGAACUUGUUGAAAAACAGAAAUCAGAUGAAACUGUUGAUUUGGGUGGACGACUACGAUUUGAUAAUUCUUUAGUUAUUUUUAUGGAUGCAACACCUGAAGUUUUAGAAGAAAGACUUGAUGGAAGAGUUGAUAAAAUGAUUAAAUUGGGUUUGAAGAAUGAAUUGAUCGAGUUUUAUAACGAGCACGCCGAGUACAUAAAUCACAGCAAAUAUGGUGUCAUGCAAUGUAUUGGUCUUAAAGAAUUCGUUCCAUGGCUCAAUUUGGACCCAUCAGAAAGAGAUACACUCAAUGGGGAUAAAUUGUUCAAGCAAGGAUGCGAUGAUGUGAAGCUUCACACUCGACAAUAUGCACGGCGCCAGAGACGGUGGUAUCGAUCGAGACUUUUAAAACGGUCGGAUGGUGAUCGGAAAAUGGCAAGUACAAAAAUGCUGGAUACAUCUGACAAGUACCGAAUAAUUAGUGAUGGAAUGGACAUUGUUGAUCAAUGGAUGAAUGGAAUCGAUCUAUUUGAAGAUAUCUCCACAGACACCAAUCCAAUUCUAAAAGGGUCCGAUGCAAAUAUUCUGCUGAAUUGUGAAAUCUGUAAUAUUUCAAUGACUGGAAAAGAUAAUUGGCAGAAACAUAUCGAUGGGAAAAAGCACAAGCAUCAUGCUAAGCAAAAGAAAUUGGCAGAGACUCGCACAUAAGACGCUAUAUUUAUUUUUUGUUAACUUAAAUUAUUUUUGUUGUUGAUUGUUCUCUAAAUAAAAAAACAGCUCAG